AUGCAUCGGCGAGGCGGGAAAAGAAUCCGAAUGGAUGAUCCUCCUCCGGAGUAUGUGAAUCCGAUGACUCCGGCAACACCAAUGACUGAUUAUGGUGGACAAUCAAUUCAUGAACCAGAAAUUCCGAAUGUAAAUUAUUCAGGAUUUAAUGUUGGAGCAGUAGUAAAUUCAACGGCAACAGAAGCGCCGAGAGACGAACCAGAGGAACAACAGGAAGAAGAAGCUCGCUCACCAUCUCCAGCUCCCACGAAGCGUAUUACGAGAAGUCGAGGACGAGGUGGAGAUGGUGGCUUCGUAGGCAGAUUAGCGGAGUCUCCGCCACCGCCUCCUCUGCGCAGGCGUGGAAGGGGUGGUCGCGGGCGUGGCCGCGGCCGUGGUGCGGCUCCACCACCAGCGUCUUCACCACCGCCUGUUCUCAUGCCGGGUGAUGAUGAGAACAGUCUCUACAAUAUUCUAAGAUUUAACAAGACUGCUAUUAACCAAGUUGUAGAUAUGUGGAUAGAGGAAUACAAGAGUAAUAGGGAAAGUGCUUUAGUCCAAUUAAUGCAAUUUUUCAUCAAUUCCUCUGGUUGCCGUGGCAAGGUAACCCCUGAUAUGGCAUCCAUGGACCACACGCUUAUAAUUAAGAAAAUGACCCAAGAGUUUGAUGAGGAAAGUGGUGAAUAUCCUUUAAUUAUGAGUGGCCAAACAUGGAAGAAGUUCCGUUCCAAUUUCUGUGAAUUUAUACAGACCUUGGUGAAGAUGUGUCAAUAUUCAAUCAUAUAUGACCAGUACCUCAUGGACAACAUUAUAUCAUUGCUAACUGGGCUGUCUGAUUCUCAAGUGAGAGCUUUCAGGCAUACUGCAACCUUAGCAGUAAUGAAGUUGAUGACAGCGCUGGUGGAUGUGGCACUUUUGACAAGUGUGAAUUGUGACAAUUGCCUGCGGCAGUAUGAAGCUGAGCGAUUGAAAGCUCGCGACAAGCGAGCCAACGAGCGGCUCGAAGUGCUUGUGGCUAAGCGGCAGGAGCUUGAGGAGAAUAUGGAGGAGAUCAAGAACAUGCUUUCAUACAUGUUUAAGUCUGUUUUUGUGCACAGAUACAGAGACACAUUGCCAGAUAUAAGAGCAAUUACAAUGGCUGAGAUUGGCAUCUGGAUGGAAAAGUUUCCUGCACACUUCCUUGAUGAUCUCUACCUCAAAUACAUUGGCUGGACCUUGCACGACAAGGUAGGAGAAGUGCGGCUACGUUGUCUGCAAGCACUACAGCCAUUGUAUGAAUGUGAAGAGCUGAAAAGCAAGCUGGAGCUGUUCACUUCCAAGUUUAAGGACCGUAUUGUGUCCAUGACAUUAGACAAAGAGACCGAGGUUGCAGUGCAUGCUGUUAAACUUGUUAUAGCUAUUCUAAAGAUGCACCCGGACGUGCUGACGGAUAAAGACUGCGAGAACGUGUACGAGCUGGUGUACUCGUCGUGGCGCUCGGUGGCGGCCGCGGCGGGGGAGUUCCUCAACGUGCGGCUGUUCCGUGCCGACGAGUCGGCUGCCGGCGCUGCCACAGCUGCCACGCGUUCACGCCGUGGCAAGCAGCGUCUGCCUAACACGCCGCUGCUGCGCGACCUCGUGCAGUUCUUCAUCGAGUCAGAGUUGCAUGAGCAUGGAGCUUAUCUUGUAGAUUCUUUGAUUGAUUCCAAUCCGAUGAUGAAGGACUGGGAAUGCAUGACUGACUUGCUAUUGGAAGAGCCAGGGCCUGGAGAGGAGGCACUUGAUAAUAGACAGGAGUCGUCGCUGAUCGAGCUGAUGGUGUGUUGCGUACGGCAGGCAAGCACGGGCGAGCCGCCUGUGGGCCGCGGCCCGGCGCGCAAACAUCACCAGCCGCUCUCCAAGGAGCAGGCCAAGAUGGUGAGCGAUGAUCGCGCGAAGAUGACUGCUCACUUCAUGGUUACACUACCAGCAUUAUUGGAAAAGUUCGGUGCUGACCCUGAAAAACUUGCAAACUUAGUGGCUAUUCCGCAGUACUUCGAUCUUGAACUCUACACUACGCAACGUCAGGAGGCGAACCUGACGCUGCUGCUGAACAAGGUGCGCGAGAUCAUGAGCACGCAGACGGAGUGCGAGGUGCUGGAGACGUGCGCGCGCACGCUGGAGCUGCUGUGCGCCGAGCGCUGCGCCGUGUACUCGCGCUGCAACGUGGCGCGCGCCACGCUCGUCGACACCAUCGCGCACAAGUACCGCGAGGCGAUCGACGACUUCCGCAACCUCAUCGAGGGCGGAGAGACACCAGAUGCAGACGAACUGUUCAAUGUAACCAAUUCAUUGCGCAAAGUAUCCAUAAUGUACAUGUGUCACAAUUUGAAUGAUACAAACAUUUGGGAAUCGUUGUUUGAGGAUCUACCAAGAUGUGUUGUGGAGAAUGACCCAAUGCCUGCACAGGCGUUGGUGUACGUUGUGCGCGCGUGCUUCUACUCGAUCCUGUGGUCGCUGCACGAGCUAGAGGAGCGCGGGGCUGGCGCGGGUGGAGCGGGGGGCGGCGCAGCGGGCGAUGCUGAGCUGCUGCGCGAGCGUCUGCACGCGUACUGCGCGCACUGCAGGGACAUCGUGGCACGCGGCAUCACGCCCGAGCUCCGCGAGGAGGCGUACACGAGUAUAUGCGACUUGCUGAUCUUCUUCGCGGAGCAGCUGCAAACGCUGCCACCACGCGGCGGAGCCGCACUUCCGCCGUCUGGUGUACGAGCCCGACGCGCCGCUCUGCGACCUGCUCAACGACUUCAUCCAGCAGUUCGUCUUCGUGCAGCCCAACUACGUGUUAAUGAGCACCGCGUUGCAGAUGGUCAAGAUGAGAGACGUAUCGAGGAAUUACACAAACGUCGCAACUUCCUGGCCGCGUACUGCAAGCUCAUCGUGUACAACGUGGCGCCCAUACGUCGAGCCGCGGAUGUUUUCAAACAUUAUAUUAAGUGCUACAACGACUACGGUGACAUCAUCAAGGCGACGCUGAGCAAGGCGCGCGAGAUCAACAAGCUGAGCUGCGCCCUCAGCAUGCAGCUGGCCAUGCAGGCGCUGUUCACCGAGCUGCAGCAGCUGCAUGGCACCGCGCAGCGCUCGCAGCCAGAGUUCCUGGAGCUCAAGGAGCUGGCGAAGCGGUUCUCGGUGAUGUUCGGGCUGGACGCGGUGAAGAACCGUGAAGCGCUGACGGCGUUGCACCGUGCCGGCAUCGCGUUUGCGGCGCUGGAGUCCAGCGCUGCAGGCGCUGCGGGCGCGCCGCCGCAGAACCUGCUGUUCCUCGAGCCGCUGGCCGAGUUCUCCAACAAGCUACUGCGCCAGGACAAGCGCCACGUGCUGCGGUUUCUGGAGUCGCGGCUGCAGGCAGGCAUGACAUGGCGUGAAGAGUGGGGCGCGCUGCAGACGUACCGCAGCUCGCUGCUGGCCGAUGCGCCAGACGAGCGCCCGCCGCCCGCCCGCCGCCACUACACGCGCCGCGCACGUGGUCACGAAGACGAGGAGGGCGAAGAAAAUGCUGACUCUGACCAGGAACAGCCCGGCGUGACGCAGACGCCGGCGCGGCGGCGGCGAGCAGCGCGGCGCGCAUCGCGACGAGCGCGCGCCUCGCGCCGUCGUUCGCUGCGCCCCACGCCGCGCCGCCUCGACCACAAGUCAGUACCUACAUCACGCACAACACACAGCUAUACACAACGUACAACAAGACGCCGGCGCGGCGGCGGCGAGCAGCGCGGCGCGCAUCGCGACGAGCGCGCGCCUCGCGCCGUCGUUCGCUGCGCCCCACGCCGCGCCGCCUCGACCACAAGUCAGUACCUACAUCACGCACAACACACAGCUAUACACAACGUACAACAAGACGGCGGCGAGCAGCGCGGCGCGCAUCGCGACGAGCGCGCGCCUCGCGCCGUCGUUCGCUGCGCCCCACUCCGCGCCGCCUCGACCACAAGUCAGUACCUACAUCACGCACAACACACAGCUAUACACAACGUACAAAAAGACGCCGGCGCGGCGGCGGCGAGCAGCGCGGCGCGCAUCGCGACGAGCGCGCGCCUCGCGCCGUCGUUCGCUGCGCCCCACGCCGCGCCGCCUCGACCACAAGUCAGUACCUACAUCACGCACAACACACAGCUAUACACAACGUACAACAAGACGCCGGCGCGGCGGCGGCGAGCAGCGCGGCGCGCAUCGCGACGAGCGCGCGCCUCGCGCCGUCGCUCGCUGCGCCCCACGCCGCGCCGCCUCGACCACAAGUCGGAAGGCAGCGGAUCUAAUAGCGCGGGAGAGGAUGAAGUAGAGGGAGAGGACGAGAGAGAGGGAGAGGACGAGGAAGAUGUUGCGGGGGAAGCGACCGGGGAACGCACUGACGAGGGAUCGGGCUCGGAGGCGCUGCAGCCACCUCCAGCCUCACCGCUGCUCCUGCAGCCAAGUGCACGCGUCGAACUAGAGCAAAACUAG